GUCUUCUCAUUCGCUCUCCAAGGCCUGAGCAAAGAAGAGCAAGAGCCAAUAACAUGGCAACUUCUUCCCCCUCUUUGCUCUUCUUUCUCUCCUUUCUUCUCUCCGCAACCCUCAUCUCCUCCAGACACCUCCAAGACCCAGAAUUGGUAGUACAAGAAGUGAACAGAAAGAUCAAUGCUUCUGUGGCUAGGAGGAACUUGGGGUACCUGUCCUGUGGUACAGGCAACCCCAUUGACGAUUGCUGGAGGUGUGACCCCGACUGGGAGAAGAACAGGCAGAAGCUAGCCGAUUGUGCAAUUGGGUUCGGGAAGAAUGCUGUCGGAGGCAAGGACGGUCAGAUUUACGUGGUGACGGAUUCCGGCGACGACGACCCUGUGAACCCGAAGCCGGGGACGCUCCGGUACGGCGUGAUCCAAGACGAGCCGCUGUGGAUCACAUUUGCCAGAGACAUGGUGAUCCAGCUGAAAGAAGAGCUGAUAAUGAACUCGUUCAAGACCAUCGACGGUAGAGGCGCGAGCGUUCACAUUGCGGGUGGUCCAUGCAUUACGAUCCAGUACGUGACCAACAUUAUAAUCCACGGCAUUCACAUCCAUGACUGUAAGCAAGGCGGGAACGCUAUGGUGAGGAGCUCCCCACGGCACUACGGGUUUAGAACGGUAUCGGACGGUGACGGCGUGUCCAUCUUCGGAGGGAGCCACAUAUGGGUGGACCACUGCUCCUUGUCGAACUGCAACGACGGUCUGAUCGAUGCGAUUUAUGGGUCCACCGCAAUCACCAUCUCCAACAAUUAUAUGACUCACCAUGACAAGGUCAUGUUAUUGGGUCACAGUGACUCCUAUACAGAAGACAAGAACAUGCAAGUCACCAUAGCCUUUAAUCACUUUGGAGAAGGGCUAGUUCAAAGAAUGCCAAGAUGCAGGCAUGGAUAUUUCCAUGUUGUGAACAAUGACUACACCCAUUGGGAAAUGUACGCCAUUGGUGGAAGUGCCAACCCUACCAUCAACAGCCAAGGCAACAGAUUUGCAGCACCCGAUGACAGAUUCAGCAAAGAGGUGACGAAGCAUGAGGAUGCGGCGGAGAGCGACUGGAAGAACUGGAACUGGAGGUCGGAAGGGGACUUGAUGGUAAACGGUGCGUUCUUCACGGCGUCAGGGGCGGGAGCGUCAUCAAGCUAUGCGAGGGCUUCGAGUCUGAGUGCGAGACCAUCUUCACUUGUCGGCGCGAUCACCGGAGGUGCCGGUACGCUUAGCUGUCGGAAAGGUUCUCCUUGCUGAUGAUGAUGAUCUUGACUGCUCCAGUAACAGCCGGUCUAUUGAUUCCAAAAAGGAAAAAGUAGAAGAAGAUUUUACUAUUUGAGAAAAGGAGAAGGGAAGUGAGAUAAGAAAAGCAAAAAAGAAGGGAAGAAAGAAAAUAUCUGGUCUAACCCUCGAGUUUCGUUCCCUCGUUCCUUCCUUUCAUUCUUUUCUUUCUGUUUUUGUUUUCUCUAGAUUGUUGUUUUUUUUUUUAUUGUUAGUCUUUCUAAUUUGCUCCGAGCACCAUGAAAUACAACCUCGGCCUGUGACUCUCUUGGAUCCAAAAAGCUGGUGCAAGGGUCUGUAAAAGAGAGAACAAGUGCAGAAGAGUUGAUAUAUAUAUUUAUGAUAUACCAAAAUUAGUUGCCAUUUCGUUU